GUGUGAAUGCCCUUCUUAUUUAGGUUAGUGGUGGUCCCCUCAACAAGGUACAGUACAAAGCAAUGGCCCCUUAUCUUUCCUCUGGCCCAGUGUGAUCACCUACGAAUCCUCCGAAUCUCUUAACACAUGACUUGGAUCCAACCGGUUUUCAGAUGGUACAAGCUACAUUCAAAGCCCGGGAAAAAAGAGAAGGAUCGAGGGGAGAUCCAAGUGUCCAUCCAGUUCACGAGGAACAACCUCACGGCCAGCAUGUUCGACCUUUCCAUCAAGGACAAACCCAAGACUCCUUUUGGGAAGCUGAAGGACAAGCUGAAAGUCAAGAAACACUCCCAAUUCGAGUCUUCUUCAGCCAUCGUACCGAGCAGCAUCGGCCGUCUGGACAGUGAUGACGAGGAUGGGAAGAAGUCAAAGUCCAAAGCGGCUGCUUUCUUCAAGGGACGUCUAAGGAAAAGCUCUCUAACCAGGUCCAAUACUUCCCUGGGAUCAGAUAGCACCAUCUCCUCAACAAGUGGCACCAUUCCCACCAGUGCCGGAAUCUCCGUAGUCCUUCCAGAUGUUGUCAAGAAGCCUGCCACCAGGAACAGCAGCCUUUCCACCGAGCCGACCGUUAAAGACAGCGAAGCGUCGCCCCGGAAUACCCACAAGAGGGCAUUCAGCGAUGAAGUCAGCAAGUUAAAGCUGUUCCCAGAACCAAAGUCAGUACAGAACCUCAAGCCAAAGGGUAGCCCCAUCUCCAAGUCGUCUGUCUGUAUCAACGGAAGCCAUGUCUACACAGAAGUGUCGGCUCCAAAGCCAAACCCCGCUCUAGAGAAAUCGGCACCUGCGUCCAUGUCAUUGCAGAAUAUUGUCAAGAAGGCGGAGGAUGUGGCGGAUGUAAUCCGAGGACCAAGCCAUAGUUCAGCAAAAUCUGAGCAUAAACCAGCAGGUCCGGCUGUGGAGGAGCAAAGUGCCUCCUACAAACCAACGCCAAGAAACGAGACGGUGCAAGCGGAGACGAAACCUGUCCAAAUCACGAGUCCUAUGGUGUUUACAGAGGACGUGUCCAAGAGUAGAAGUCAAGAAGCGAAGGCCAAAGAGGAGAAGUCUAAGGUUGGCCUUCAACAUGGAACUGGCAAGACCGAUCAGGCCAACAAGAGUCUUGCUGAACCAAAACCUCAUGUCCCGUCUAGUUCUGAGGAGAGAGGGAAGGUCAGUUCUUGGUUUGGAUCCAAAGAUGCUAAGGAAAAUCAGCAAAAACCAAGUUUUCCCUCUGGGUCUAUUGCUACCUCAGAAGCUGCUGAAAGGGGCUCUUCUCUUGUGGAGGAACACAGUCCAUCAGCAUUUUACCACAGAGAAAGCGGCAACGUGGAAGUGGUUGGUGAUCGUCCUGAAUUCCGUCUGACCCAAAGUUCUUCAUCAAAACCUCCAGUGGUCUUGGGAUGGGAAGAGCAAUUUGACGCUCUUGCCUCAAGUCGAUUGCAGCCGUCAAAUGGGAAUUCCCAACAAACUGAAGAUCAUGAUGUCGCAAGUCCCUCUGAGAAAUAUCCAUUGUCUUCUCCAUUUGCCAAAAGGGAAACUGGGACACUUUACGAGGGGGAUGAAUGGCCUAACCUGCAAUCACAUGACUCGAAUCUUAACACAUGCUUGCCAGAAAUUUUGAACAAUGAUGUAGAAAAGUCUAGUGAGCUAUCCCCUUUGCCAAUAAACCUUUUGCCCAACUUCUCUCCUCCAUAUAUUCCAUCUCCUGGAUCUACAGGACUCAAGUCAUUUGAUAAAUUGUCUACAAAUACACUUAAAGAUGUAAAUAUGUUUAGCUUGCCAGUUCUAGGCUCAACUGAGAACAGGGUAGCAACUGUCCAACCACGUGUACUGAUGGAGCAGAACAUGGCUAGCAUAGGACAAGUAGCAAGGAAAGAUUCUCCGGUUGUAACAAAGGACAGUAUAGCCAUAGCUUCCAUCGGUGAACGUGCACUGGAGGUGGUGGAAAGUGGUAUUGACAUACAUAACACGCAGGUGUCCAAAGAGUCAGUAAAACAAGUCUCAACCGAACACAAUCCCGAAAGGAUACGUGUUGAGCAAGUCAUGCCUAAUGAAAAGGUUGAGUCGAUAAUUAAGGAAGAGGCCAUUAGUGUUGAUGUAGGGUCUGCAGCACCACCCAAGCCCCCUCGGCUCAUGCAGGAAACUGAGGAUGAUAAUUGCGAACAAACAAGCCAUCAGGACACCACUGGAAAACAAAUAGAGAACCCAGAGGAACAUAAGCAAGAGCAAAACAUGGGGGUUAGCAAACAAAGUGUCUCUCCAGUGGCCUGUUGUCCUGUAAUUGAGAUAAGGAGCCCAGUGUUAGACGCUUUUACUGAGGACACCCAAUCCACCACCGAGGGCCUUUUGACUAAUUUAAGGGAAGAAAAUAAUGAUUUUUCGAAGCUGGGUGCAGUUAAUGGGGAACACCUGUUAGAUGUAAAUGACAUGACGGCAACAGAGCAGUUCAGGACUUGCCCAUCGAAUGUCUCACUAGACACAGACCUUUCAAGUCCUCAUGAAGGCUCUGAUAAAUUGGAGUUAAUGAGCCAUGGCCCAUCCAAACCACUCAGUACAACAUUGGGGGGUAGCAAACACGAGGACUUCAUCUUCCAAAAACCAAUGCCAUUGUCAAAAAUACAAAAAGGAAGUAGGUCGGAAUUGUCUAGCCAGUCUAAGAAAUGUGACCAGACCGACUUUUGGUCAGCUCUAGAGGAGCAGACACCGUCAAGUCUGAUAGGACUGGACGCCAAACAGAAUGUGUCAACAAAUUUGUGCGACAGCGCCCCUUCAGAUGACCGAAUUGUAAGCCCUUUAAACUCUGAACAAAAACCUGAGCCAGAACAGAAUAAAAGUGAAGAUGCACUAGUCCUACAGGGAGCAGAAUUAGCUAGUCCACCACCCAACGUGUUACAAGAACACAAGCUUGAGUCUGAUACCAAAGCUUUAAGACAUGAUGGACAACAUGGGUAUUCUCUAAGCCAACAGUCUUCCUGGUCAGCAGAUAUCAUUGUGGACUUUAAGAAUGAGGACUUCUGGAGAAUUGACUCUGACCAACUAGACCAAAAUCAUGUCCAAAAUUUGCCAUCACCAGGAAAUCCCUUUUCACCAGUGGACAGAACUCCAUUCCUAAGUCACAAAAACCCAUUUAUUGUUGAACACACUCCGAGUAGUCAGAGCUCCGAGUCCUCAUUACAAGAGGAUAUAAGCUUUAAAGACCUUCAUGCCCGUGCAGCUCUGAAAAAGUUUCCAUCUGCUGUCCCCCCGAAUGAUGUAAAAGCUUACCUGCAUGUCAGCCAACCUCUGGCCUUCUCCACUCCUUCCCUAGCGACUGCCCCGAACCUUAAACCAUCAAACUUCCCUUCUCCAAUCAUGCUUCUGACAACCCCUGGUGCCACCACAACAACAAAUACCCACACAGCAUCUCUGUCGGGCUUGCACUCUCCUGUGGCCGGUGGUGUGACUACAGCUGCCCCUCCGAUUCUGCCUCUGGAGACACAGACAGCUGACAAUCCAUUUAUGACACUAAAGACCAGUCCCCACCCAGUGAAGCCGAUCAGCGCCACUCUGUCCGAAUCGACUCCGGAAAAGAAGACGCAGCGACCGGCCAUCACCACCGCGUUAAGCAGUGGCCUGGAGAUGUUAAAAUCGGUGACAGGUGGACAGAACCCCAAUGCUAAGAAACAGGACGAGAGGCUGAAGGAUCUUAGUUUACCAGACCAAGCGGCCAAGUAUUACCACCUCACGCACGACGAGCUGAUCCAGAUGUUGCUCCAACGUGAGGAUGAGUUGUCCAGAGAGCAGAACCAUGUCAAAGAGUUAGAAGAGUACAUCGAUAAGCUGCUGGUGCGGAUAAUGGACCAGGCGCCCGCUCUUCUCCAAGCCCCGUUGGAGACGAACCAGUAGACCCUCACUAGUCAACAUCUGGGACAUCUUUCUUCGCUCUAUGCUGUAAAUCCUGUGUAUAGACUUGACAAGUGGCUAUAUAGCAUUGGCAUGAACUGCUUCGUAUGUCUAUAAAGUCUUCUUCUGAAAGCCAGUUGGUUGGUGCCGGACCUCUUUUGCACAUGACGGUUGAAGCGUCAAGGAAGCACUCGCCAUCGAAACAAUGGGUGUGUUAUACUGCCAGGCACGAUCAAUGCGUCUCCUUAUGCACAACACUGUAGUAAAGAAGCAAUGGAGAGACUCUUCUCCGGUCACGGAGGUGUGAAGGUGACCUCGUGAACAACCCUCCACAUUUCGGCACACAUGCAUUCGCUUCGCUGCUCUCCUCAUCACACGAUCAUCCGCUGUGUUUGCAGUAACUUUCUUCGAGCGUGACGUAGUCAUCUGGGAUCCAGUCCAGGGAGUUGACAGUACAACAAGUAUGAAGAGUGUCAACAUUUCUCACAGUUUUCACGUAUUAUUCGGAUAAAUAUUCUGUACUGUAGUAAAUACCAGAGUUUGUUAUUUCUAAGACAAUACUAGAAAUGCGAUGUAGGACGAUGAGCAGCCAUCUUGGAUGACUCUACAGGUUCCUCUACCAUAAUUCAUGAUAAGCGUGUACACCUGUUGCAGUAACGUUCGCGAGUCUUCCUUUUGCACCAUUAGGGCACCAUCGUGAUGUAACUCUCACUGUGCAGUUUUAGUGCCUCACCUUUCGGCUUCAUAUAUCACUGCGCUUAUGCUAAUGAGCCUGAGUUCGAAAACCUAUGACGACUACGAGUCCACAUUAAAAGACUCUUCUAAGCUGCGGUAUUUUUGAAGCAUGAUAAAGCCCAAACGAUAGUCGUCAAGGGGAAGAGAGUAGUGUGCCGAUGAUCUCCACCAUCAGUUUUCCUUCACGUACCUAGAGCCUGGACUAGAGAUGAGCGAACUUACAGUAAAUUCGA